AUGCCCAAAAGAGUGCCUACCGCUGUCUCGCGUGGUGAUGAAUCCGCAAUGAAGAAGAAGAAGAAAACUUGUUGUGUUGAGCUGGGAGCAAACCUUUUGACCUGUGCACCACACGUCGGCAUCUUUCGCGGAAACCAUCUGGUCGAUUUCUUGGGCCCGGCUGACAUGCUGCGGCUUUUCCAAAUGAAAGAAUGCGUCCAUGCAUUUGGUCUAGCCGACGAAUUCUGUUCCCGUCACGGAAGGCGCUUCCUCCCAACGCAACCACAGCAAUGCCCUGAAUGCCGUGCUUGCACAAGCUGUGACAGAUUGGACACAGAAGGAAUCCACGAAAAUAGUAGUAGACGAGAAAUUGGUACGUUCUACUGCCAGGAUUGCAAGCCGUUGUCUCCGAGGGAACAAGAAGCACUGACAGAAGCAGUCAACAAUAUGAGCGGGGAUCGGAUUUCGGGUGUGAUUCAGAUCAUCCGGGAAGCCGUGACUAUAGAUGAUGAAGAUGAGAUUGACUUGGAAAUCGAUCAGCUCCCCGCCCCUACACAACGAAAGAUGUUUAAAUAUGCUUUCCCUGGUGGUAAAGCCUCUACAGCGGAGGAAUGA